AUGGAUAACCCUGAGGAAGUGUUACAAGCUCUCGAUGAAUUUUCUAAAAUGCGACCAUCUGAAAUUCCACGUGAACUUGAAGAUUAUCUUUGUUUUGUUGCUAAAACUGGUGAUCCAGUAUAUCAAUGGUCAUUAAUAAAACCAUUAUUUCGUGAAAAAUUAGUACGUGUGAUGACGGAUUUUUAUGAAAAUUGUCCGGCGCUUGAUUUGGCAUCAAGCCCAAAUCUUGAGCAUUUCAAUUACGACAUUAUGAAAUGCAAUCUUCUUGAACUUUUGGAAUCAUUUGCAAAUGCUCCCUUUACUGUUCAAAGAAUAUGUGAAUUAUUGACAUCGCCACGUAAAGAAUAUAACCGUGUUGAUAAGUUUAUGCGAGCCAUUGAAAAAAAUAUACUUGUUGUGUCAACAAAAGAACCUGGUCCAGCAGCAAGACGAAGCGAAAACGGUGAGAGUAUAUUGAAUGGAUCUAUUGACGACGAUGAUAAUAUUACUCCUAACAAUCAAUCCUCCCAAGAAGUUGAAAUGGAAUCUUGGGUUAAAGAUUGCACUGGUGACGCUAACUCAUCAUCACUUACACCAACAGACCAUGAUCAAUCAUUAGUUGAUACUAUUUCACCAUCAAAUAAAAUAUUAACUAAAGAUGUUAAUACUAAUAAUCCAUCGACUGAAGACAGUAGUAAUUUAUCAAUUCAAGAUAAUAACAAGGACCAGUCAUCAAGAUUAGAAAUGACGGUCUCCGGUUUUAUAUCUGCUGCUCACGAUUUGUCAAGUACCCCAUUAAUAACAACUCCCAACUCUGUUCACGACACAAUCACUACUGUUAAUAAUCUUUCUAACUCGACAGAUCAGAUAUCAUCAAUCAAUGAUGUUUCCGAAGCAAUCAUCAAUGAGGAUACCAGCUCUCAACCAAGUUUGGAUACCGAAAAUGACAACAACUCUGAAUCAAACUCCAAUAAAAAGCUCCAAACAACAUUUGAAUCUAAAGAUUUUGCUGGUAAAUUAAAUAAUGAACUUGCUGAUAAGUUUUACACUGGUAGUAAUUAUAAAACUGAAGCUGAAUCGAUAAUUAAAAAUGAUGAUUUAAGUAAGUCCAUUGAUGAAAAAUUACACCAAAACUUGAAAGAUGAUAAUUCUAAAUCGGAUGAUGAGUCUAAAUCAUGUUACGAGAGUAAUUUGGAAUCAGAAACACCGGAAAAACGUCCACGUUUAGACGCUGACAUCGAUGAAGUGAAAAAUAAUAAAAUUGAUAAUAAUCGUAGUUUUUCAGUGGUUUCAUCUCAAGACGAAACUGAAACAAACGACAGUAGUAGAUUAAUUGUCAGUGAUACGGCAAUUAAGAGUGACAAAACAGAUAAUUUAUUAGGUAGUGACAGAAAUGAUCAGGAAUUACAGUCUGCGGAAUCAUGUUCACAUGAAUUACAACCAGAAGCAACAUUUGUAGCUGAACAGGCGCCAAAAUUAACAUCUGAUGAUUCAAAAAGUAACCCAGAAAAAUCAAAUGAAGAAACCACAACAGAAGCACAAGAAUGCCAAGAGGAUACUCCAAAACCAAUUAUUGAAGAACCUCCAUCAGAAUCAUCAUCGUCUUCAUCUUUCUCUUCGUCAAUGUCGUCACCAUCGUCUUCAUUAAAUGAAACCACACAAGAGAGUUCAAAGGCUGAUGAUAAACAAAAUAGUAGUGUUGUUAUUCAAGAAGCUAUGGAUGAUGACAAUAAGUUAUUUAGUAAUGCAUCAAUUAACGAUCCUAUUCCAAUUAUUGAAGAACCUAAAGAUGAAUUAACUGUACCAGGUACUCAAUUAGAAAUAUCUGAUUAUACAAAAACUGAUUCUGAUGUUCCUGCUGAUUCUGGUACUAAAGACAAUCCCGAUAAUACUGAAAUACAAACACAAGCUGAAUCAGAAGAAUUAAAAGUAGAAGAUAAAAAUUUAGUUAAUUUAGAUGGCAAGAAUGAUGCUGUUGCUGUGGCUGUGGCUGCUACUGUUUCUGCCGCUGAUGAUUUGAAUAACAUGUUACCUACCAUUCCGGAUUUGUCAAAUACUCCAAUGGAGAAAGAAGAAUCAAUGGAAAGCGAAUCAAUGGAAGUUGAUAAUGAAGAACCUAAUCCAGUAUUUGAACAAGACGAACCAAUGGAACAAGAAAGUGGAGAUCAGAUAAGAAGUUAAUAAAUAUAUAUCUAUAUAUGUAUAUAUUCUAUACAUAUAUGCAUAUAUUUAUAUAAAUAUUUCAUGACUUAUUAUUUUUUUACCGUGGCUUAAAUCCAUUGACAUUUGAAUGAAAAUAAAAUAUUAAAUUUUUGA